GUCACGUAAGUUUUAAAGGAAGAAAACGCGAUCUUCCUUCUCCUCCCUCCUUCUUCCUCCUCCACAGUCGUUCCCUCUCUCCCCCAAUUCCUCCCUGGUUCUUCUCCCGAGCUCGUUCGAGAUCUCGUACGACAGAAGCAGAUCUUCCGCAGCUGAGUUGAAACAGAUCGUAACUUUCAUUUGAGCUUCGAUCCUCAUGGGAGCUGUUGCUGAUGCCGCAAUCACGGACGCAACCAGAAGGUUGAUUGAAAAGGAACCUACUGUCGUUUUUGUUUUGGGUGGACCAGGCAGUGGAAAGGGUACACAAUGUGCAAAUAUAGUCCAGCAUUUUGGGUACACACAUCUCAGUGCUGGUGAUCUCCUUCGAGCAGAAAUCAAGUCUGGUUCAGAAAAUGGAACCAUGAUCCAGAAUAUGAUUAAAGAGGGAAAGAUUGUGCCUUCGGAGGUAACUAUUAAGCUUCUCCAAAAUGCAAUGCUGGAAAGUGCCAACAACAAGUUUCUUAUUGAUGGUUUUCCUCGUAACGAGGAGAAUCGUGCUGCAUUUGAGGCUGUGACAAAAAUUGAACCAGCAUUUGUGUUAUUUUUUGAGUGCUCUGAAGAGGAGAUGGAGAGGCGACUGCUUGGUAGAAACCAGGGAAGAGAAGAUGAUAACAUUGAAACGAUCAGGAAGCGUUUCAAGGUUUUCAUGGAGUCUAGCAUUCCUGUGGUAGAGUACUACGAAUCCAAAGGAAAAGUUUGCAAGAUUGACGCUGCAAAGCCUAUUGAGGAGGUUUUUGAGGCAGUUAAAGCUGUUUUCACCACACAAGAUGCUGUGGUUGUCGCGUAGGCGCAGCAAAUGUUCCUGAGAUGUCGGACCUAUUAUAUAGCUAAGGUUGUGGUAUAUUGAUUCGAGUUGUUCAAACUACAGGAGGAAUUGAGCUCUUUGCCUGCCUCCUAAUAUAGAACUAUUAAUUCAAUAUAGAAAAUUAUUUCGUGGGUUGUCAUGCCCCCAUUUUUACUGUAUUACUAUUGUGACUUAAUGUCAUCCGGAGAAUGUAAUACACUGACAAGAAUAUAAGAACUGUCGUCGUCCCAUAUUCUAUAAAAUUGAGUUCCGUAUAAUUGAUUCUGGGGAACUUGUUUCUGAUUUCA